UUCAACUUUGAGAAUUCUCCCAUCUUCCUUCCCCACAAUCCACUUUCCCCCCAUAACCAUCACCUUUUCUUCUCCUCAUUCACAUCUCCAUUACUUUCUCAUGGCUUUAAUUUCUUGGUCAAACUUGCUGAACCUCUUUAUGUUUUCCUCUUCUUUCCUCUCUCCUUAAAACCAUUUUCUUAGCUCAAUUCCUCACUGAGAUUCCACAUGGAGACUACUUUCAUGGUUUCUUUUCUACUUCUCUUGUUCCUCCCCAUCACCUCCUUUGCUUUCCCUUUGUGCACUAAUUCAAUAGCACCAGUGACAUUGAAGGCUCCUCUUGCUUUCUGCUCUUACAACGGAAGUAGCUGCUGUGAUGCCACUGAUGAUGCUAACCUCCAGAAGAAGUUCCAAUCCAUGAAUAUCUCUGAUUCUGCUUGUGGAUCUCUUGUCAAGUCCAUUCUUUGCACUAAAUGCAAUCCAUUCUCUGCAGAGCUAUUCGGUGUUGAAUCAAAUAUUCGAACUGUUCCCCUUUUAUGUAAUUCAACUGCUUCUGUGAGUUCUACUCAAUCAAAGGAUGCCGCAAGUAAUUUCUGUGCACAAGUUUGGGACACUUGCAAAGGCAUAUCUAUAAGAAACUCUCCAUUUGCACCUUCUUUGCAAGGAAGCACUGGAGUCCCAGUUUCAUCGUCAAAGCUGAUCGAUCUCUGGCAAUCAAACAGUGAUUUCUGCCAAUCAUUUGGAGGAUCAUCUGAUGAUACAUCAGUGUGUUUUGAUGGUAACUCAGUUUCAUUCAACACUACACCAAAUUCACCUCCUAAAGGUGUUUGUCUUGAGAGAAUCCAUAACGGUUCGUACAUUAGUAUGUCAGCUCAUCCUGACGGAUCGAAUCGCAUCUUCUUGUCAAACCAAGCUGGUAUGAUUUGGUUGGCUACUGUUCCAGAAGAAGGAUCAGGAAAAACUCUGGAAUUCGAUGAAUUAAAUCCUUUUGUUGAUUUAACUGAUGAAAUCCAUUUCGAUACUCAAUUCGGUUUAAUGGGAAUGGCAUUUCAUCCAAACUUCACAACCAAUGGCCGGUUUUUCGUUUCAUUCAAUUGUGACAGAACUCAAUCCACAAGCUGUUCUGGAAGAUGUGCUUGUAAUUCUGAUGUAGGAUGUGAUCCAUCAAAUCUUGCCCCUGAUAACGGUGCUCAACCAUGCCAGUAUCAAACUGUCAUCGCAGAGUUUAGUGCUAACAGUUCUUCGAGUACACCGUCUACGGCGACGACUGCCAGCCCGUUGGAAGUAAGAAGGAUACUAACCAUGGGGCUUCCAUUUACAUCUCACCAUGGUGGGCAAAUCCUUUUUGGACCAAAAGAUGGAUAUUUGUACUUUAUGAUGGGUGAUGGAGGGGGUAAAGGCGAUCCACUUAACUUUUCUCAAAAUAAAAAAUCUCUUCUUGGGAAAAUUUUGCGGCUUGACAUCAAUAAUAUACCAACUUCACAAGAGAUCGCUGAUCUUCGCUUAUGGGGCAAUUACUCAAUUCCAGAGGAUAAUCCGUUUUCUGAUGAUAGUGAAGCACAAGCUGAGAUUUGGGCUUAUGGUUUGCGAAAUCCAUGGCGAUGCAGUUUUGAUUCCGGGAGACCAUUUUAUUUUUACUGUGCAGACACCGGCGAGGAUACUUAUGAAGAAAUCGAUUUGAUAUCGAAAGGCGGGAACUAUGGCUGGCCGGUGUAUGAGGGCCCCAAUCGUUUCCAGCCGAUACAAACCUCUCAAGUAAAUACUACAAUUGCUAACUCCACAAAUAUCACAAAUCCCAUCUUCCCUGUGAUGGGAUAUACACACGCCAUGGUGAAUAAAGACAUUGGAUCAGCAUCAGUAAUCGGCGGAUAUGCUUAUCGGUCAAUGGAAGAUCCAUGCAUGUAUGGAAGGUACUUGUAUGCAGAUCUGUAUGCAGGAGCAAUGUGGGCAGGUACAGAGAGCCCGGAAAGCAGCGGAAACUACACGAGCACUUUGCUUCCUUUUAGUUGUGCUAAAGAUUCUCUGAUCCCAUGUGAUUCUGUCGCCGGAAGUUCUCUGCCAUCUCUUGGUUACAUAUUCUCAUUCGGCGAAGAUAACAGAAAAGAUGUUUUCAUUUUGACCAGCAAAGGUGUUUACAGAGUUGUUCGCCCGAGCCGAUGCAACUAUGCUUGUGCAAAGGAGAAAAAUACAAAUGAUGUGGUUCCAGCUCCCGGUCCUUCGUCUGAUGCUCAAUUUGAUAGGUCAGGGCGCAUGUCGAUGUUCUUGUCUGCAAUUUUCUUGUUUGCAGUUGGUUUCGGUUUCACUGUGUAAGAUAUCAAGGAAUUUGAUUCACUUUUUAUAAAAAUGUUUUGUUGUCCUUGCUUUGAUC